CUGAACAUCUCUCUCCCUCUAUCAGUCAAUCUAUAUAUGAUUAUAUAUAUUCACUAGAUAUCUAUAUAGAAUGGCCGCCAACUUGCAGCGCCGUGGAAUUGCCAGCCUGUAUAAGAGUCUUCAGAGCUGCGGCGGUGGCACAAUCACCCCUUACGCAGCCUUCUUUCCUGCUAGAAGAGCUGUGCAUGUAUCUAUGUAUGACAAGAAUAUGGAAGAACAUGUUCAACAUCCUACAACUGUCCCGGAUGAAGUAAUCAGAACCCCCGAAUGUAGCAACUACUGGUGGGCUCCUCAUCCUGAGACUGGAGUUUUCGGGCCAUCCACUGAUCACAAUAAUCGUGUUGCUGCUGCUGGUGGUGAUAUCCACCCAGGCGCCGAUCAGUCUGUCUUAGAGCUGAAAGCCUUCUUCCGCCCCCUUGAGGAUUUGGAGAAACCGCCCUACUCUGGGUUCUGAAAGAUAUAUUUGGUCCCAAUUAUAUAUGGAUGAAUAAAAACAUGUAUGAUAAAAGACAAACUGAAAGGAUUUCCUGUGCUAUGCAGUAGUAACCCUUUCUAUAUGUAUGUCUAAUGGACAGACCUACUUAUGUUCUCUACCUGUAUAUUGUUUAACCUUUCCUCAUCUAUUUUAACUGAAAGGAAGUGAUUUAUUUAUUACUUACUUCUAGCAACUGGCUUGUAUUCUCUAUCAUUUUUUGUUUUAAAUAGUAGUAAUUGAA